CUUUGUUCUUUUGUUUUUCGUUUAACUCCGCGUUCCGACUGACUUACCGUAUCGAUAAAAGUGUCCGUAGUGGGUAAAAAAAUAAGAGCUAGCGGCUUCCUGUCCCGCACUGUCAUCUAGUGUUAGCUAGCCGACAGCUAACGAGGAUGCUGCUAGCAAUUUGCAUGACAACAGCGAAAACUAAUAUUAGCCUUCUUCAGCCAAUCAAGGUAGCUAUCAUUUGCUAGAUUGUGCUGUAUUUGACUCUCGUCUAUCGGGGAGAUGAUUGUUAGCACGGUUCGCGUAACAUUUGGUAUUUUUUACUCUGCUUUUGUCCUUUUCCCCCUCGGAUAUGAACGUUGUACUUGUCAUAUUUAGCCAUCACAAACGUUAGCACAUUCUUGCCAUAUGUUUCACUCUGGCAGGGUAGCAUUAUGGUGAUAUUGUUGCUGCUUUUGUCCUCCCAAAAGCUGUCGGUUGGUCACUAUUUUCUUCACCGGGCUCCACCGAUAGUUUCUUGUCAUAAAUUAUAAACUAAGAGAAGGGUCUGAAAGGUUUUUCUUGCUGGGUAACUCACAGUACGUACAGUAGCAUGUCUGAGUGGGUGGUAUUUAUUUAAUCUGCUAUUUGAGGUGAACAUAAUACCAUUUGUUAUAUUUCUAAAUGGUUGUAACAAUGCUACAGGACAAUCUGUGGUUCAGGGGGAUUUCUAGUGUGUGAUGAUGAGAACUAAGAGGUAUUGUUUAAGAUACUUUUUUCAUAAUGCUUCUGUUUCAGUUUCCUUCCUCUGCAAGGACAGUUUGAUGUCGACAUUUAAUGGUGGUUGCUCUCAUGCUGUACCAACGAUACCUUCCAGUUGCCUCUAUGAGCAGUACAUCUUUAACUCUUCAUAAAUAUGAUGUUGUUAAUGCUAAAGUUGUUUCUCUUAUUCUGAGGGGUCGAGAACCUUCAGAGGAUCAUGUCUAGGAAGUGAACGACGGCGAUGGAAGGGAAAGGCCCGUACCGCAUCUAUGAUCCAGGUGGGAGUGAGGUCAAGGCCCGGGAAGAGGCCGGAGGGGGAAGUAGCUAUCGACAGCUACUGGAGGAGAACAGCAUACUGAGGGAGCGGAUGAAGGGACUUAAGAGCUUAGGUGAUUUGCUGGAAGAGUCUCAAUCAGAGGCAUCGAGGCUUCGGCAGCGUGUGGAGGAACUUGUGAGAGACAACGAGGCCCUCAAGUCCUCCAGCUUUGCUGCCAGUCUGUGUAUGGGAGGGCCAGUUCAAACUGAGACACAAAGUAAACCCUGUUUACACCCCACUGCUGAGCAGAAGGAGGAGCAAACAAGCUGUAUAGGGAGGACGCUUCAGCCUGAGAAGCCCAAUGAGGCCUUAACGGAGUUUGAGGUCGUGAAUGUCGAUGGGAAGACUUCAGAAGCCUUGACUGCCGGGUCAGUGGCAGGCGUAAUCCCCGUCCUGCCUCAGGAGAACAUCGAGCUAGCCAGCCAGCUCAAGAGACUCGAGAGCUCCUUCAGCAUAUUUGCAGAGGAGUCCAACCCUAACCAGCUGUUGGCUCACCUCGGCCGGAUGGCUGUGGAGUUUCACCAUCUUUCCUCUAAGGUCCAGAAGAAUGAACAGAGGACUUCCCUCCUUCAGACUCUCUGUGAGCAGCUCAGACAGGAGAACAAUGAGCUUCGAAAGAAAAUGGAAGAGGAUCAUCAUAUCAGGAAUCGAGACUUGGAACAGCUGAGACAGGAAAAUCAGAAGCUUAAGGAGCUGGUCACAGGCGGAGCAGCAACAACGGCAACAUCAUCCACAGCGCCAGCAGACUCUGAAGCUUCAGAGGCCAAAGAGGAACCUGUGAAGGAGGAAUCAGCUGCUGUGAGACCCAAGAUGGAGGCCACCACACCGCAGAAGAGUGGAAAAGCUGCAGAGAAAACCCCAACUAAACCUUGUGAUGUUGAGGUGUAUGAAAAGAAGAUCAAGCUUUUGGAGAAGCAGAGAAAGGAUGUGCUGGAGGUGAACAAGCAGUGGGACAUUCAGUGGAACUCCAUGAAGUCACAGUUUGAACAGAAGAUCACAGACCUCAGACAACGGCUGGCUGAGUCCCAGAAAACUGUAAUCGAGUUGGAGGCAGAGCGAGAACAGAGGCAGCGCGACUAUGACAAGAAGCUGCUGCUGGCAAAGUCCAAGAUUGAAAAUGUACAGGGUGAGAAGGAGUGCCUCAACUCUGAGACCACUGAGCUGAAGCAGAAGAUUCGCUACCUGCAGGAUCAGCUGCUGCCCCUCAGCAAACAGAGGGAGUACCAGGAGAAGGAGAUCCAACGCCUCAACAGGGCUCUGGAGGAAGCCUUAAACCUGCACACCCCUUCAUCCUCCCAACAACCACCUGGUCAGGGUAACUUUGCCGAUGCAGCCAAUAACCUGAAGAAACAGGAACUGCUCACUCAAAUUGCUGUACUAAAGGAACAGGUAAAGAUCUUCGAAGAAGACUUCAGAAAAGAGAGGAGUGACAGGGAGCGAAUGAAUGAGGAAAAAGAGGACUUGAGGCGGCAAGUUGAAAGACUCCAGGGUCAGAUUACUAAUUUGACCAAUCAGCUUCAUCAGGCACAGAACGAAUGUCAGAGAGAACGUACGGAGAGAUGUAAGCUGGAGAGACUGCAGAUGCAGCAUCACAAACAGGGGCAGCAGCAGGAAAGACGUACCUCAGACCCCACGUCAGGCUCAGUGAACGGCCCGCUGAGCCCUCCCUACUGUGGUCCCUUUGUGCAGGUGGGACCGCAGGGCCUUGAGGGCUGGCCCGUACACUUCCCUCCCCGGAUGCCCAAUGCAGCAGGCGCCACAGCUGCAGCCGCCGCAGCACCGCCCCCUGUACGAGACUUCCAGCCUGUUACCCCGGGUUUUCCUUGGCAGUCGUCAUUCCCGCAGCCCAGAGGGGCCAGAGCAGUAGGAGAGAGUUCGAGACCACCACCAGAGAAUGCAGAUCAGUCCGCGGCGGCAGCAGCAGCAGCAGCAGCAGCUGCAGCAGGAUUUGGAAAAAGGGAGCGACAGAACAUUGAUCCUGGAAAGCACUAAAGCAUCACCGUACCCACCAAAUGGAGUCUGGGUAGUAGCAUGAAAUCAGUUUGUUUUUGAGUUGACAAGGUGUGAUUUGAUCUAUAAUUUUCCUACUGAACUGUAGAUAUCCUAUUGUAAUGUUGUUUAUACUUGCGUUUUAUAAGGCUAUUUGUGAAACACUUCGCUAUUCUGAAUAUAUACAUGAAAUAUUAUUUAGGUUUUUUUUAUCAGGAACUGAAGUCAUUUGUUAAAUAGGUUGGAAUAAUUAACAUUGUUCUUUUUUUCCAGAAAAUAUACCUGUGUGCUUGUAUCUCUGCAAAUAUGUAACAACUUGGCACUUAGUUUGUUACUUGUAGAGUUGCAGGAAGCCAUUCCCCAAUAUGACUAAGACAACAUAUACUCAUUCCAACAAUGAAUGAUUAUAGGUACAUUGAAUCAUAGAAUUUACAAUGUGAAUGUUGAUUGAUUUAUGAAGAUUUCUUCAGUACCAUCGAUGUUAUAGAAAUGUCCCAUACGUGUAACUGUUCAAAAAGUGGUUGUUGAAAUACAAAAAUUUUGGGAAAUGAAUUUUGAUGGUAUCAUACCAAAAACAUGAUUGUGAUUAUUGAUAAUUUAUUUAUAACCUGCUGUUUUGAUAGUUGCAUUGACUAAGUGUAAAUCAUUGUCUUUAGUAAUGCUGUUCUUUCUAUGUUGUUAGUGUAAUCCCAAUAUAUUGUAGCUAUUGACAUUGUAUGUUUGUAUCAGACACAAUACACAAUGCACAGUACAUACACAACCUUUUUUUCCCCAUGAUGAUGGACCUAAUCUCAUUAAACACAACACUUCUACUUGACCACAAUUGAUUUGAUGAUUUGACCACUCAUUCAUACUCAUCUUACUGCAUCCUGUACUAUUGCCCACAGUUUACCCCCACAUACUUGAAGUUACAGCACCAAAACCUUUAGGCAGCAGCGAUGAUGGUCUUCCUCUUCAUAUGGUUACUUAUGAGUUGUAAUCAGUGGAACUGGUACACCUAGAACUGAAACAUUCAAAUUCUACUCGAGCAACAGAAUGAGGAAGAUUUUCAUCAGUAUUUGCAGGUCUGAGAGGUCGAGUGUUACAGCAGUACAGACGCUCCUCAGAGGAAAACCUCUGCAAGGACGUGUGGCUUCACUCUCUUUCCACUUCAAAGACCAGCAAUCCAUGCCAUGCCGACUGUCCUGUGAACUGCUGUAACACGAAGGAUUCACACGAGAUAAUGUUUGUUACAUUUAGAAACAAAGAUCCAAUCCCAAAUCAAUCAAGCCACUGUUUAACUGAACACCCAUUCAAUUUCCUUAGUACAGUGUAUGUCAGGUAGUCAGACGAAGGGCUUCAAAAUGUGUGAGGAUGAAUUAGAUAAGGCUCCAUUUUUAUCAAACAAGUUACAGGGAACAACAAUCCUGAUGGGUGAGAGCUGAAAUUAGAAGAAUUGCACUUUGAAAGGUAUGCUGUAAUUACUGGCAGUUGUAUUUUCUUGGUUUGUAGCCCUUAUUCCUUUUUUUUUUUGCUGUAGGCAAAAGCACAUGUGAGACUUUUUGUAUUUGACUGGCUUAAUAAAUCUAUUCUAAAUGUC